GUGAAUAUAAGAUAAUGAGGUUAUAUUUUGGAAUAUUUUCGAUAAAUUAUAUUAAGUAACUUUGAUCGAAAAAAUUUCAAGUGUGCCGCCAUGUUUAUGUAUCCUGAACCUCCCCCAAUCGAUUAUGUUCUCGAGGAUGUCUCAUUAACAUUGUUAUCCGAUGGCAUUUUUUUAUACGGCAAACCAGGGCCGACGCAUAAAUAUAUAGGAAAACAACUUCGUCCCAUAAAAAGAAAAAUUACCGACCCCGUGGCGCCACCUACUGAACUCGAUCCUCGUACACUUAACGUGCUUGCAGAAAAGGAGGGAUCUUGGUACGCCCAAUCGAAAGAUGCUUUCCUUAUUUACGAAAUUUCAUCUUUUAUUAAACAAUUGAAAUAUUCCAAUCGUGAUGAUAUAAGUCCAGUAUCCUUAUUUCCAAGAUCAAAGAAAUACGAGUAUAAGUAUAUUAAGGAGAAACGUUUGGAAGACGUACCGAAGGAAACAUUUUUUGAUAAAUUUCAAUGUGGCAUGAAAGAUGAAAGAAAGGAAGAUAUAAUAUCGAAACCUGACGAGGAGCCAUGUUACAUUUUGAAGCCGCCAUUUUGGUGGAAAGAUAAAAGCAGAAAACAAUUGAAACUCCCUGUAGGUUAUAUCAACGAUUAUGCAUAUGAUCGAUCGGAAUACACCGAACAAGGAUUUGAUUAUGCCAAUCACGAGAUUGAGACUGUAAAAAAAGAUGUCGAGGAUAUUGCCAACUGUCGAGAAAAGAAAUUAUUAAAAGUGGAAGGUCCAGUAAAAUGUCCUAUUGAAAAAGAUGGUUAUACUCCCAAAAAAUCGGAUGUUAAAACAGAAAUAAGAUGGCAGCCGCUUUACAAAUUAACCCAAUUUCCAAAAACUGCUAAGAAACGUAAGGAAGAGUUACAAAUGCUUACAAAGCCUUAUCUCCAUGAGUUAAACACAUGGUAUGCUAAAAAUUUACCAACGAAGCUUCAUUUGCCAGUAAGAUUGAAAGGAAAACGACCAAUGCCGGAAUGGCGAUUUUCACACAUGUAAAUCGUAUUGUUUUGAACGCAAACAUAAAAGAAGAAUUUACGAUUUAUUAACGAAUAAUUAGAAAAUAAAAGAGAAAAGAAAAAAGAAAAACG